AUGAGCCCACAUGCAACAGAAGUUGCUAGCCAAGAGACGGAUGGUCAAGCGUUGAAGGGAACGCCAUCAAAGCCUGUGAAAGAGGCAUAUAAUGUUGUGCAGUCCAUUUGGAAAGAGCUGAGACUGCCUCUCGACGCACUUUCCCAGCUGCAGCUUUCUGGAGAAGGCUACGGCUUGCCGUCAUCCUUCAAAGUUGGCGUAUUGGCUCAGGCCUCAAUCGCCCUAUCUGCGCUUGCAGCAGCGCUCGUGGCAACGGAGAGAAAGAAACAACCCGUCAACAGUGUGCCAAGCGUAUUAAUUCCUCUUGAUCAUGCCUCAGUCGAGUUCAAGUCCGAGCUUCUGUAUAUCCUCGACGGUGUGCCUGCCCCACCCCUAUGGGGCCCUAUUGCAGGACUAUACGAGACCAAGGACGGGCAUAUCUCCAUACACGAUUCGUUUCCUCACCACAGGGCAGGGGCCUUGAAACUGCUAGACCUUCCGGCUGAUUGCGUUGACAGGAACUUGAUUGCUCAACGAGUGAAGGGGUGGGAAGCCGUCGCACUUGAAAAAGCAGCGGCUGAAUCCGGCAACGUCAUUUACGCACUGCGCUCCCCAAAACAAUGGGAAGCUUUGCCUCAGAGAGCCUCGUUGCCUCCAUUUCCCAUCAUGAUUCGUAAGAUUCGUGACUCCCCGCCGAGCAUGCCCAAGCAGUGGAGUGAAGGGUCGUCCGCGCUCGACAAAUGCAUCCGGGGCCUUCGGGUCUUGGAGAUGACUCGCGUCGUGGCUGGGCCGCUUUGCGGCAAGACGCUGGCUGCCCAUGGGGCUGAUGUUCUCUGGAUCAAUGGAGAGCAUCUUCCCUAUCUUCCUAACCUCGAUAGAGACAUGGCUCGUGGUAAGCGUACAGCGUUCCUAGACAUUAGGUCCCCUGACGGUCGCGAAAAAUUCCACGAGCUUCUCAAAACCACCGACAUCUUCAUACAGUCCUUCCGUCCCGGGUCAAUGACGAGCAAGGGCUUCUCGCCGGAGUACCUGGCAGACCUGAACCCAGACAUAAUCUACGGCUCCAUUUCGGCUUGGGGUCAAUCCGGGCCCUGGCGUAAUAAUAGGGGCUUUGAUUCCAUGGUCCAAGUGGCGGGCGGGAUCAAUGUGGCUGAGGCAGAGGCGUUCGGCGACGGAAGUGUCUCGAAGAAACUGCCGACACAAGCACUGGACCACAUUGCUGGCUACUUCCUCGCUCUAGGCGUAUUGACAGGUCUGCAUAGACACAUGACUGAAGGAGGUGCCUGGGAGGUGCACGUCUCUUUGGCUGGUGUGAUGGAGUACCUCAAGAGCCUAGGUCGUUAUCCCGGCAAGGAAGGGUUCGGCUGCUUUGACCCGAGUGUUCCUGCUGACGCUGCUCGUUUCUCAGAAACGAGGGCAACGGGCUUCGGUGACAUGUUUGCUGUGAAACACUCGGCGACUGUUGAUGGUUACACAACGGGCUGGGAUUAUAUGCCAAUGCCGUUGGGUACUCACAAGCCAGAGUGGUUGAACUGA